AUGAAGAAGUCUCUCGGUUUUCUGUCUCCUUGCCUCCAAUGCUGUUUGCUCAUCAUCUCGUGGUUUACUGAUGACAUUUCUGGAACAUCCCACAGAGGGUGCAAACUGUCAAAUGAGGAUAUUCUGGGUUACUCUUUGCCUGGAGAAAUCACGCUGGGGGGAUUGUUUGCUGUGCAUAUGGAUGUAGAAUAUCCUGAAGUCAAUUUCAGGGAACCACCAAAAUCAGUCCAAUGUAGCACUUUUCACAUCAGGUAUUACCGCUACCUCCUGGCUAUGGUAUACUCAAUUAUGGAAAUAAAUAACUCUUCUGACAUUUUGCCAAAUAUUAAGCUGGGCUUCCAGCUCUAUGAUUCGUGUUAUAAUGAAGUACGUUCUCUGAUGGGGACAUCAUGGAUCCUAUCGGGAAAGGAGAAAUUUGUGCCAAAUUUUGACUGUCACCAAACUAUCAUGCCAAGUGCGAUUGUUGGGGACAUGCCGUCCAAAGCCUCAAUGCCAAUUGCCAGAAUUCUGGGACUCUACAGUUAUCCUCAGGUCAGCUACGCCUCGGCUCAUCCUCUCCUAAGUGACAAAACACAAUUCCCAUCCUUCCUAAGGACAAUCUCAAAUGAUAACUAUGAAGUGUUCGCAAUUGCUCGAUUAGUGCAGUAUUUUAAUUGGACCUGGGUGGGUAUCAUAACCUCAGAUAAUGAUUUAGGACGAUCUGGUACUCAGCUUUUAACCAAAGAGAUUGAGAGUAAUGGUGGGUGCAUCGCUUUCCAAGAAAUUCUUCCCCUCUACAAUUCCAUGGAGUCUGUGUAUCGCAUUGUAGACGUCUUGAAGAAAACGAAAGCUACUGUGAUCAUUGUGUAUUCCACAAUGGAAAAUCUAAUUUCUUUAAUGGAAGUCGCUUCAUUUAACAACAUCACUGACAAAGUGUGGGUAGGCAGUGGUAGCUGGUCCAUUACAUCUGACUUUCCUAGAAGAGAAAUAUUAACAACCUUAAAUGGGAGCCUCGGUCUUGCACCUCAAAGUGGGAAAAUUCCAGGAUUCAAGGAAUUCCUCUACAGCAUUCACCCUACUAAAUAUCCAGAUGAUAUAUACAUAAAGACUUUUUGGGAACUUGCUUUUGGUUGUGUUUGGCCAGCUAAUAAAUCAACUCCAUUAAAGGAAGGCUCAGUUUGGUGCACUGGAACAGAGAGACUGGACACCAUUGAUACAUCGGUGUAUGAUGUAUACAACUUUAGAUAUACUUACAAAAUUCACAAUGCCGUCUUUGCAAUAGCUCAUGCUUUACACCAGAUGAAUACCUGCGUUCCAGGACAUGGGCCUUUUAAGAAUGGAUCUUGUGCAGAUAUACAUAACCAUCAGCCUUGGCAGCUGCUUCAUUACAUCAAACAUGGAAAAUUCAACAAUACCGCAGGGGAGCCUGUCUUUUUUGAUGAGAAUGGGGAUGUUCCAAUCCAUGUGGAUAUCCUGAACUGGCAGCUUUUCCCUAACGGAAGCAAUCAGUAUGUCUCUAUUGGUAGUUUUGAUGCUGGAUCUGAAAAAGGACAUGAACUUAAGAUUGAGCAGAAAAAUAUUUUAUGGAAUCAAGGACAAACCCAAGUCCCCACCUCUGUGUGCAGUGACACAUGUCCCAGAGGCCACAGAAGAGCCACACGCCAAGGGCAACAGAUCUGCUGUUUUGAUUGUGUGCCUUGCUCUGAAGGAGAGAUUCUAAAUCCUUUUGGGAAACAUGACAGUGAGUGCAUCAGAUGCCCAGAAGACAAAUGGCCAAAUAGCAAAAAAGAAAUAUGUCUGCCAAAAGUCAUUCAGUUCCUUUCUUAUGAGGAGAUGCUUGGCACCAGUCUUGCUUGUAUAUCAGUUUUGCUCUGUCUUCUCACCUUUUCAGUGUUCUGCCUGUUUAUCGCCAAGCACAAGACCCCCAUAGUGAAAGCCAACAACCGAGAGCUCAGCUACCUUCUUCUUAUCUCCCUCAUGUUAUGUUUCCUCUGCUCCCUAGUGUUUAUUGGCCGACCCAACAUGAUAACCUGCAUGAUACGCCAGGUGGUGUUUGGUGUCAUUUUUUCAGUUUGCCUUUCUGUUAUACUGGCAAAGACAAUGACUGUCAUUUUGGUCUUCAGUGCAACAAAUCCAGACAGCAAGAUUAGGAGGCUGGUGGGCCUUCGUAUACCUAUCUAUAUUGUUCCUUUUUGUGCAAUGGUUCAGAUAGCCCUAUGUAUCGCUUGGCUCGCCAUUGCUGCCCCAUUCGCUGAGUUUAAUAUGGAAGCAGAAAUAGGAACAAUAGUUAUUCAAUGCAAUGAGGGAUCUAAUGCAUUCUUUACUUGUGUCUUGGGCUACAUGGGCCUCUUAGCUUCUAUUAGCUUGUUAGUUGCCUUUCUGGCUAGGAAGCUCCCUGACACGUUUAAUGAAGCCAAAUUUAUUACAUUCAGUAUGUUGGUAUUUGCCAGUGUGUGGGUGACAUUCAUCCCAGCUUACCUUAGCACCAAGGGUAAGAACAUGGUAGCAGUUGAGAUCUUUGCCAUCAUAUCAUCAAGUGCUGGGCUACUGGUGUGCAUAUUUUUCCCAAAAUGCUAUAUCAUUUUAUUGCAUCCUGAAAUGAACAGCAAGCAAUUCAUAACUGGGAAAAACAACAGAAAAUGGCAAAUCUUUGGCGAUACAGACUCUGACAGUGAGCCAGAGACGGCUAUAAAGAGGAGAUGCCACAAUGUCCUCCCUUGUCCAGUACCACCUAUUCCUUCCCCUACUCCUGACAAUGAAGCUUGCCAGACUACUGCUAGACCUCUCCUAGACCAGAGGCAGACAGAAUCUUAUUUUACUGCUGCUCAGCUGCACAUCCUAACUUUAUUGGAACAUGUGAAGGAACAGCAAAUGGCGAUUGCUGCUGCUGUGAACAAUCUUGCUGCAAGACUGGGGACAGAGGCUCCUGUGGCUGAAAUGCCUAAAGACAUCAGUAUCCCCCUGACCACUGUGCCUGAAGUUGAGGAGUUUGAGGAAUGGCUUAAAGACUCAGGAAAUUCAUAA